AUGAAUCCUGUAGGUCACCCGGCAGAGGCCGUUCCAUUGCAGGGCAGGUCUGACGGGCUCCCUGGACAGCCUGGAGCAGCCACAGUGGUUCAGUACACCGCCGUGGACAUCACCUCUGAGCCCCCCAAGGACCACAUCGCCUGGUCCCAGUGCUGCUUUUCCUACUCAAACCCCUGCUGCCUGGGACUGGCGGCUCUCAUCUUCUCUGUCAAGUCCAGAAAUCGGAGGGUGGCUGGAGACCUGGAGGGGGCCCGACACUACGGCUCCAUUUCCCGCUGCCUCAACAUCUUGUCUUCUGUCCUGACCGUCAUUAUGGUUCUUAUUUUCAUUAUUAUAAUGACCAGCUAACCCAGCCGAAGCUACUAUUAAACAUAAAUUCAAGUAGUGUUGUCAUGCUUCUGUGGCUUGGUGAUGCUUUUGUUUCUCUGGUUUAUGCUCACGGCACAAUUUGGCAACUUUUUAAAAAAAUCUUUUUACUUACAUCCUCAAGCAGAUGCUUAUUUCUCUUUGUGAUGCAAAAAUCUUACAUUUAACUCAUCCAUGUUUCCUGAACUGCAGUCGAGAUUGAAUGCCAGACUUUGUCAUUCAGUUCAGGCUUUCU